AACUUAAAUGGAAAAAUAUAGACGUACAAUUUCAGGAGCAUAAAUGGAGAAAUAUAGACGUGUACAUCUUCAGCUUCACUGAAAGAUAAUGGUUGAAGAACUCACCACCACACUUGAGAUUUUUGGUGGACCCUUGAUGAGUUUACAUAUUUCAGUCUGUUUUUAGUGAAUUCGAGUCAUUUGUUUUGAGCACAUGCAAUUUUCUAUUCAUAACAUUAACUCAGUGAGGCCUAACUAAUCAAUAUCCUGUCUUCAUUUCCACAUUCUUCCUAUUGUUUUGAGCACAUGUAUGCUUUCAUCCAUUAUUCAUAACUAACUUCAUCAAUAUCCUCCUUUCAUUUCUACCUGUUAACUAGCAUGUUGCCUGAAGCAACUAGUAUUUGGUCAUGGUGGUGGAGUACCAGUAAUAAAGCAGACGAAAUUUCGAGAAAUGUCUUAACCACCAUAAUCCCCAUUUUCAUCAUGUUGUGGUUCAUUUUCUUUGUGAAGAAGCAAGACAGGAAGAAGCCUCCUUUGCCUCCUGGACCGCGUGGCCUGCCUUUAGUCGGAUAUCUCCCUUUUUUGGGUUCUAAUCUCCAUCAUAGCUUCAAAGAGUUGGCCAGUUUAUAUGGUCCAAUCUUCAAACUUCGUCUAGGAGCUAAAGAUUGCAUUGUAAUCACCUCGCCGUCUCUAGUAAAAGAGGUGGUUAGGGACCAAGAUGUUGUGUUUGCUAACCGAGUAUCCAUUGUUGCUGCAAACACUCUUUUGUUUGGGUCAAUGGAUAUUGCCUUCUCCAAUUAUGGUGUUGAAUGGCGUAAAAUGAGGAAAAUUUUUGCCACUGAGAUGAUGAGUACUUCUAGCCUUGAUGCUAGUUAUCAUCUCAGGAAGAAGCACGUCAAGAAAAUGAUAAAUGAUACUUACAAAAAAGCUGGUCAGAUAAUUAAUGUAGGUGACUUAACUUUUUUAACUCUAAUUGCAACUGUCAUGAGCAUGGUAUGGGGGGAUACAUUGAUACGGGGUGAGAGUUCUGUUAUUGAUUCUGAAUAUCGAGCUGUUGUAGAUGAACAACUUGAACUUUUAGGGGUACCAAAUAUAUCAGAUUUUUUCCCCUUGCUUGCUAGGUUUGAUUUGCAGGGAGUUGAACGACGAAUGAAGAUCAUCUCAAGAAGGAAUGAAGAGAUCCUUGAUAAAGCUAUAAAUCAUCACAACAUUGGAGAAAAUGUUCAGUGUAGGGAUUUUCUAGGGUCUCUCUUGCAGCUUACCAAAAGUGAAGAUCCUACAAGAUCUCUAACUUUGGCUCAAGUUAAAGCAAUGCUCACGGACGCUGUGAUUGGUGGAACAGAUACAACAGUUGCUAUGAUCGAAUGGGCUAUGGCGGAGAUACUACAACACCCAGAAAUACAGAAGAAAGUUCAAGAAGAACUAACUGAGGUCGUGGGAUUAGAUAAUACCGUUGAAGAGGCUCAUUUGCCUAGCUUAAAGUAUCUAAAUGCAGUGGCGAAGGAGACACUUCGAAUGCACCCACCAGUUCCUCUCCUCGUUCCCCAUUGUCCAAGUGAGCCUUCUACAAUAGGAGGAUAUAGCAUACCCAAGGGUGCUCGUGUCUUCCUAAAUGUGUACACUAUGCAUAGAGACCCACAACUUUGGGAAGAUCCACUAUUGUUUCAACCUGAGCGGUUUUUAAUUGAGACUGAUGCUACUAAGAAAAUGGACUACUUGGGCAACGAUUUUCGAUAUCUUCCAUUUGGGUCAGGGAGGAGAAUGUGCCCUGGUGUUCCUCUUGCAGAGAGGACAUCAAUGCUUGUCUUGGCUUCUCUAUUGCAUGCAUUCCAGUGGAAGUUACCAAAUGAAACUGUGGAUGUUGAUUUGUUGGAGAGAUUUGGAAUUGUUAUGAAAAAAUCGAAACCUUUGUUUGCUGUACCGAGUCCCAGACUCUCCAACUUGGAGCUCUAUUCAUAAGAAGAUUAGCAGAAGUUUUGAGAAACUUCAAGGCUUAGCUAUUUGUUCUUUAAGCAAGUCAAAGAAAUAAAAGAGAGAGUGGAUCAAGAAGAAUAUGGUGCAAUUAUGUAUUUCUGUAAUCAAGUUUUUGAUGAUUAUGUUGUACUAGUUGGAUUUAUGGCUUGAAGUGAAGUGUCCACAUCUUUCAAUCUCAGAUUAUUAUGCUAGCAGAGAAAUACACUUUGGUUAUAAAUCUGUAAUCUCAAUCUGCCUUCUUUUCCAUACCACGCUCAAUAUUACAUGGUGGCUCAGAACUUCAGAUAUACUGGAAGAAGACACUUAUUUUCAGGUCAACUUAAUAAAAUUAAAGCCUCAAA